GUCGAUGAGGACAAAUCUAACGCGUCUGCGUUUCCCAGCGGCUACACGUAGCAUCACUAAUAUUAUCGUUUUAAUGCUAUUUUACACAGAAUUAUUAAGCUGAGUAUAAAUAUUUGGAAAGAUUCUAUCAGGUUUAUAAGAAUGAAGCUGUGAAGCACAUGAAGUAUAUGAAAUUAACGCGCAGUUUUAGAGCAGAGUCGUGUAGUUGCACUGAUAUAUGCUAACAGAGUGAACAUGGCUGCAGUGUUUCUGAAAUCUCAAAUCAACAGAACUAUAUACAAACAUCUGCUGACACUGAUCUGGACCAAAGGAUCCAUCAGACAUGCAUCUGUGGGCCGGAUUGAGAAAGUUCUCAUUGCUAACAGAGGAGAGAUAGCAUGCCGGGUGAUGCGGACGGCUAAGAAGAUGGGUGUCCGCUCGGUUGCGGUGUACAGCGAUGCAGACAGACAUUCCAUGCAUGUGGCCAUGGCGGAUGAGGCGUAUCACAUCGGGCCGGCAGCAUCUCAGCAGAGUUACCUGCGCAUGGACAAGAUCCUGGAUGUCGCCAAGAAAUCCUCUGCACAGGCGGUCCAUCCCGGAUAUGGAUUCUUGUCAGAAAAUACAGAGUUUGCUGAGCUGUGCAAACAAGAAGGCAUCAUCUUCAUCGGUCCGCCAUCAUCAGCCAUUCGGGACAUGGGAAUCAAAAGCACAUCUAAACACAUUAUGUCAGCUGCUGGCGUGCCUAUCAUUGAGGGUUACCAUGGAGAGGACCAAUCCGAUGCGAAACUUCAAAGCGAGGCCGCAAGGAUUGGUUACCCUGUGAUGAUCAAAGCAGUUCGUGGUGGCGGCGGAAAGGGAAUGCGAAUCGCGCACUCAGAAGCAGAGUUUCACGAGCAGCUGGAAUCGGCUCGCAGAGAAGCACGAAAGUCGUUCAACGACGACGUCAUGCUGAUAGAGAAGUUUGUCGAGAACCCCAGACACGUUGAGGUGCAGGUGUUUGGAGACCAGUACGGCGAUGCCGUGUAUCUGUUCGAAAGAGAUUGUAGUGUACAAAGGCGACACCAGAAGAUCAUCGAGGAAGCUCCAGGGCCAGGCAUCAGUCCUGAGGUCAGGAGGAAACUCGGAGAGGCCGCGGUACGAGCAGCUAAAGCAGUCAACUAUGUAGGCGCAGGUACUGUGGAGUUCAUCAUGGAUGCGCAGCACAAUUUCUACUUCAUGGAGAUGAACACACGUCUGCAGGUGGAGCAUCCCGUCUCAGAGAUGAUCACGGGAACAGACCUGGUGGAGUGGCAACUGCGUGUAGCAGCGGGGGAGAGGUUGCCCCUCUCUCAGGAGCAGGUUGUGCUGCAAGGUCAUUCUUUUGAAGCCAGAAUAUAUGCUGAAGACCCCAAUAACAACUUCCUUCCUGGAGCGGGGCCACUGCUACACCUGUCCACGCCACAGGGGGAUCAGUGCACACGCAUAGAGACGGGGGUUCGAGAAGGUGAUGAAGUGUCUGCUCAUUAUGACCCCAUGAUUGCUAAACUUGUGGUUUGGGGAGAAGAUCGCUCAGCCGCUCUUAAAAGACUCAGAUACUGCCUUCGACAAUACAAUAUCGUGGGUCUCAACACUAACAUCGACUUUUUACUGAGUCUAUCGGGGCAUCCGGAGUUUGAGGCAGGAAACGUCCACACCAGUUUCAUCCCACAACACUAUGAUCAGCUCUUCCCAGCAGCCCAGAAGCCGUCCGGAGAGGUGCUCUGUCAGGCCGCCCUGGGUCUGCUGCUCCGUGAGAAACAGCAUACAGAGACAUACAGAAACCAAACCAGCGACAUGUUCUCUCCGUUUGCCUCCAGUAACGGGAGACGACUCAAUGUCCUGCACUGCAGGAACCUGACACUGCAGCUCGGGGACGACAAAGUGGCGUUAUCUAUUACUUACAAUCCAGAUGGGACCUACAGUAUGGAGACUGGAGGUCAGGUGUUUCAUGUAUCAGGAGAGCUGCAGAAGGAGGGGGACGUGACCUUCCUAUGCUGCUCUGUCAAUGGAGUCCUGUCCCGACCCAAACUAGUCAUUCUGGAUAACACUGUACACAUCUUUUCUAUGGAGGGAAGUGCUCAGGUGGAUGUACCUGUGCCCAAGUUCCUGGCUGGUGUUAGUGGCUCCAGUGCACAGGGUGGUGCUAUUGCACCCAUGACAGGCACUAUUGAAAAGGUUCUAGUCAAGGCUGGAGACACGGUCCAGAAAGGAGAUCCCUUAAUGGUGAUGAUUGCCAUGAAAAUGGAGCAUACCAUCCGAGCACCUAAAGCAGGAGUCAUCAAGAAGGUGUUCUUCAAGGAGGGCUCACAAGCUAACCGCCAUGCAGCUUUGGUAGAGAUGGAGGAAGAGGAAGGAGCUGGGGAAGAGUGAACCUAUGGAUGAUUUAAUAAACAAUCUUGAAGCACUACAAAUUAGUUUGGAUCUUUUGAGAUUUAACAAGUAAACUAGAAGCUUUCUUGAGAAGACAGACGUCUGGUCACCUUUAACUUAGUGUGGAAUUCAUUGCCCAAAAUCUUGGUGUCCUGGUUCUUUUGUACCAUGAUAAUCAUGGAUGAACAUCAACGGUUGGAUUACUGUGAAAUGACUUGCCAUCUCCAUACAAGCAUACAAGUAUAUGUAUUUCAAGAAGACAAAAACUCAUGUUGUUGCCUGUCCCAUACUUGUAAAAGAUAAAAGAAAACUCCUGUGAAGCAUUGCUUAACAUAGUAAUGUUAUUUGUGGUGAAUAAGGUGCCUUGAUGUUAGUUUGACUACUGAAAGCAACCUUUAGAAUCUGUAAAAUUUGUAACCUCAAUCAUUAAAGUUUUUUUUCUAUGCAACAAUUGUAAAAAAUCUGCAUUAAUUCGGUUUUAUUCAUAAACCCCACCAGCUGGUUACAACUUCAGUAUUUAGUUUGACAGUUCCCAACCAUGAUCAGAUGCACCUUCUUGUUCUUGCUGGGCCGCAUGCUUGGAAGAGGCUUGCACCUCACCUGGUGUGGCCUCCUACCUUGUGGACAGCUGGACAUAUCGCUCUCAGCAACUUUAGUUUUCCCAAGGUCACCUUCCACUCUAGUCCCAGAAGUUUUGACUGUCUAAACCCCUAAAACAAUUUCAAGGUUUCUAGUUGUAAAUGGGACAGUCCACUUCCAACUGACAGAAGGAGCUCCGGGAAGUGGUUUGGUGGAUUUUUUAUAUAAAUGACAGUUCAUAGUUAGGAUGCCUUUUUUGAUGUAUUACAACACAUCUACUGUACUUGGCAAUUACACUC